CUUAUAAAUACAAUUUAAAAUCAAAUGAUUUUAAUAUAAGUUCGUCAAUUACUCAUUUAAACUAUAUUGCAUUUGGCCCAGAUGACCUUACUAAUGGCACUUCGCCAUAUACAGUGUUUCAGAAUCAAUACAACAAAUUUCAACAAUUUAGACAAUAUCUUAUUGGAUAUCCUAAUCGGACAUUUCAAUUAAUCCUUUCAGUCUUGUUGCCUACUAGUCAAGACUUAGCAAAAAUAUCACCAUUUUCUAACGUUGGAAUUGGGCAAUAUAUUCCAAAUAAUAAUUUUGUUAGUGAUUUGGUUAGAAUUGUUACUGAAAAUUCGAAUUCGUUCGAUGGAAUUGAUAUUGAUUAUCCCAAUAAGCUUCCAUGCUAUCCAGCGCAAGGGACACAAGGGACGCAAGGACAGAAUUUCAGCACUGAUAAUUUAAAUACUGUUUUCAUAAGUUUUCUAGCUGAUUUAUCAAACCAAUUAAAGAAAUCUAACAGCAGUAAAAUUUUAACGGUCACGGCAGGACAGUAUCCUAUAUCCAACUCCAGCAUUUCUGAUAUUAUUAAGUUCGUGAAUAUUCAG